AGCAGCGCACCGGGGUCGCCGGAGACUGUCGCUGAGGCCGACGCGGACGUGUCCGUGGAAGCUUCGGCGGUGGCUGUUCCCGAGCAGUGCGAGCCCGCGUCGGACGUGCCAGUGGCGGAGGAGCCCGCAAUCGAAGAAGCUGCCGCUCCGGUCGAGUCGGAGCCGGCGGUGGACGCCGACGUGGAGGCCGCCGUCGAGAACCUGGUCGCGGACGUGGUGAUCGCCGCCGACAUGGUGGCGGAGCCUGUCACGGGCGACGAGAGCAGCGCACCCGAGUCGCCGGAGACUGUCGCUGAGGCCGACGCGGACGUGUCUGAGGAAGCUUCGGCGGUGGCUGUUCCCGAGCAGUGCGAGGCCGCGGUGGAGGAUUCGGAGUCUGUUGAUUUGCCGCCCACUGAUGAUGUUGCUACUGAUAUUGAACGGUCUCGUGGGUCUGAGUUGGUGGAAGUCCAAGCGAUGAAAGCUGAUGGUGUUGCUGUCGGGUUUAUAGACCACGGUGAAACAGUGAUGGUGGAUCAUACUGCAAAGCCGUUAGAGGAGGCUCUGCGUCCGUGUGAAAGUGUGGGUCUCAGUUUACCUGGAGUGGAUGGAGAAGUGGAGUGCUUGGUGGAAGACGUCGUUGCUGUCCUCGUGGCAAUCGACAAGGCAGCAAAUAUGAAGAACGACGAUAUUCGUACGCCAGAAGAAAUAUUGUUCUGA